CAAACACAAGAAGCAUUAGCUGUAACUGUAAAAUAAGAAAUCCCUUACACCGUCCUUUCCUUUUGUGAUUUUCUCGAACGAUGGAUGUCGAGGUUGAAAUGGUGCGCUCGACCGAUCCUCCGGGUCGUGACGGCCUUUUAGUGUCAGCGAAAGCUGUAGAAACUACCUUCCCACAUACCAUCAGCUCCCGCAUGCGACGGCCCUCAAUUUGUUUGAUGGUUAUGGUUCUUACUAUCUUCGUUGCGGUAGUUGGUAAGAUCUACCUUGAUCCGGAAGGACUUAUAACGAUACGAGGGGGCGUCUAUACACCGGAAGAAGGAACGAUCGGGAAGAGCGCUGGCACCAAAGUUGCAGAAGCUAUGGGCCAGAUUCGGAAUCGGAAAGGGCACGGGAAUACCGCUGAAAGGCUAAAUAAUCGCCACAAAAUAGAAACAUCAGAGACCUAUCCCACAAACAUUGAUCCAGAAGAUACUGCACAAACGUGGUUUGCGGCCAAUGUUACUUUGAAAGACGGUCAGAAGUACGAAAUCAUUGAAAAAUUAGGUCACGAUAGGUCGGCAUUUACCGAAGGGCUAACGUUUGCCAAAGGCUUCCUAUAUGAAUCAACCGGCAUGAAUGGACGGUCCUCAGUUCGGGUUUUGGAUCCCGCAACGGGCCAGGUAAUGGAGUCUUAUCCUAUGAGCCCCCAAUUGUUUGGAGAAGGCAUGACCUUCAUGAACGAUAGGCUGGUUCAGCUGACGUACAAGGCGAAAACAGGGUUCAUUUACAACGCGAACUAUCUCACGGAGGAGCCCGAAACCUUUCCUUUCUCAACUACACGAAAUGAAGGUUGGGGACUCACAUACGAUCACCGAAAUAAUGAGCUGAUUGCAAGUGAUGGAUCGAACAAGCUGCAUUUUUGGGACGCUCUAACUUUGACGGAAGUGCGCAGAAUUUCAGUGUAUCGACAGGACGGAUCACCUGCUACAAAUAUAAACGAGCUUGAAUAUUGGAGAGGAAGAGUCUUAGCCAAUGUAUGGUUUGAAGAUGUGUUGCUCGUAAUUCAUCCAGAAAGUGGUGUCGUUGAAAAAGAAUACGACUUCUCUUCGCUGUGGCCCAAACGAGAGAGGCAUUCUAUGGGCGCCGAUGUUUUGAACGGAAUAUCAGUUUCAAGCGAUCCGGAUAUCCUGUUUAUGACGGGGAAAAAUUGGGACCGUAUGUUUCGCGUCAAGUAA